ACUUAAAAGUAUAGCUAGCUAUGAAUAUAUUGGCAAUACUAGUCAUUGUUGUAUCUCUGUUUCUGUUUUUCUUCAUUCUGCGAAGAUCCAAGGGAAAUGUUCCACCAGGAUCAAGUGGAUGGCCAGUGAUCGGAGAAAGUAUCAAGUUUGUUCUGUUAGGUCCCCAGAAAUUCAUCAAAGAACGAAAGGAAAAGUAUUCCCAGGAUGCAUUUCGGACCUCUUUAUUCGGACAAAAAAUGGUUGUGCUUUGUGGACCGCUUGGGAACAAGUUUGUCUUUGCCAAUGAAAGCAAAUUACUCACCUCAUGGUGGCCACUGUCUGUGAGAAAGGCCUUGUUUUUCCCCGAGUUUGUAGAGUCCUCUACAGACGAGGUUUCAUCUCUUGUUUACAGAUUUAUUCGUGAUAUUCUUAGGCCAGAGGCUUUGAAACAGUACAUACCAGUCAUGGACUCGAUGGCACGAGAGCAUGUGAAUUCCCUGUGGGCUGAUAAUGAAAUAGUCAAGGUGUUUCCAGUGUCGAAGAAGUACACAUUUGAUCUGGCUUGUAGAUUGUUUAUGGGUGUAGUUGAUGUUGAGAAUGUCACAAGGCUAGCCAAGCAUAUCACUCUUGUUAAUGCUGGAUUAUUCUCCGUCCCAAUCGAUCUGCCCGGGACUGCUUAUAACAGAGGUAUCAAGGGUGGCCAAUUGGUUCGAGCUGAGCUUAUGAAGAUCAUUACUGAGAGGAGAAAGGAAAUGGUCGAGAAUAAAUUUGAGGCGGCUUAUAGAUCUGAUUUUUUGUCUCGAAUGAUGCUGGUUACGGAUGAAAAUGGUAAAUUUGUUAGUGAAAAGCAGAUAACAAAUAACAUUAUUGGUUUGAUUUUUGCUAGCUACGAGACUACAAGCACUGCUGUUUCCUUUGUGCUCAAGUAUCUUUCGGAACUUCCACAUAUCUAUGAUGAGGUGUAUAAAGAACAAUCUGCAAUAGCCAAGUCAAAAAGUGAAGGAGAGACGUUAACGUGGGAAGAUAUUCAGAAGAUGAAAUACUCGUGGAACGUCGUGUGUGAGACUCUCAGGUUCAUACCGCCUGCACUCGGAGGCUUUAGAGAGGCUCUUACUGACUUUACAUAUGCUGGUUUCACCAUUCCGAAGGGAUGGAAGACAUUGUGGACGGUGCACACAACACACAAGGAUCCAAAAUAUUUUAUAGAUCCAGAAACAUUUGAUCCGUUGAGAUUCGAAGGGAAAGGGCCUGCUCCGACUACUUAUGUACCUUUUGGUGGAGGAUCUAGAAUGUGUCCAGGAAGAGAGUACGCUCGUCUUGAAAUUCUGGUGUUUCUUCAUAACAUUGUUACCAAAUUCAAAUUGGAGAAAGUGAAUCCACAAGAAAAGAUAGAAUUCUACUUUCUUGCUGUGCCAAUGGAAGGACUUCCUGUCCGUGUAACUCGUCAUAAAAUGUAAAUAAAAUCAUUCAAGAACAUGUGUGUGUCUGUGUGUUUUGAAUAAAGUGAGCUUGUCUUUGCUUCGUGCAUGUAUUUACAACGAAUAUUUAUGUAGAUCAAGUUCUGAUCACUAUGAUUGUAUGCCAAGGGCUGAAAUAUUGACGAUUGUACCAAGAAUUUAGAUUUCAAGAGGGUUCUGGCGUAAUCAACUAAGAAUUUGAAAUUUUUUCUGCUA